CUCCUAGGCCAACUCUCUAGCUAUCCACGCUUCUCCACUCAUCUCUUCUCCGUUGCCAGUCUGACUCCUUUGCCCGAAGUAGAAAUUACCAGAUCCUAGCUUCGCGACCAAGUGCAGGGCGAACUUUUGAGCCAUCAACUAAGGUGUGUCUUCUCGUUAGUCAAGCUAAUUCAUGGAUGAUUCGCACUAGGGACUCACGCUGCCAUAGAGAACUCCACUUGCGCGCUCGUUGUCUUCGGUAAUUCGGUUCUGGCAUUACCACGCCAAGAUGUCUCGAGGGGAAGAUGCCGAUUUUGAAGUCCCUCUCGAGUUCAUCUGCCCUUUAUCGGAUCGCGUUAUGGCGGAGCCCGUGAUUAUCGCCUCUGGAUUGACGUACGAACGGGAGUUUAUCCAAGCCUGGUUCGACGCAGGUCACGUGAACUGCCCGCGGUCAGGAACGAAAGUUCGCCACACCGAUUAUUUCCCAAACGUCGCGCUGAAGGCCUUAAUCAUGGAGUGGUGCUCCAAGCACAACGUCCAACUAUCUUCAGGUCAGAAACGGGUCGACAGCCGGCCCAGCAACCAGGAUGUCCGACACGUGCUCUCUUUAUCUCAAGAUCGGGCCGGUUCGCCGACUCAAGUGAAGGGCCAUCGCAGGACUCGCUCCGCCGCUGAUUCCGCGUUCUUUGGGAGCCACAUGUUCCGCGCGGUCAGCGUGGACGGGGGGCAGAACGGCGAGAAUGGCGCGGGGAGCAGCGGCGCAAACGAGGCGGCGGCGUGUAACAGGCGGAAGACCCUCUCCGCGCUGUCCGCGCGGGAGCGGGAAGCUCCCGCUCGCGAAGCUGAUACUCGACCGCAGCGGCGCAGCCAGGAGUUUCAGCGACCGCCGAGAAUGAACGGGGGGGGCUCGUCCGCCGAUGGGGCACACGAGGGCCCUUGGGGAGGAUCCGGCGCGCAUCCGGGCCCGCGCUCGAGUUUAGACGGCGUAGGGCUUACACCGGCGCAGGCUUCGGGGUUAUUGGCCUCUAACGCGGCGGCCGUAGGGGCAGUACGACUAGACCCUGGCAGUCACGGCGUAGAGCGCGCGUUGACCACGCCGGUCGGCGGGGCGAAGCCGAUGCGGAAAGGGCCCACUGCGGCGGCGCAUCUGCGCCCGGAUCGCCGCCGCACCAUGAGCUGGGACGGCAGCAACGACCCCCUGGCUGCCGGCCGCCUGGACCCGUCCGUUGUGGCGGGCGCAGCUGUGUACGAUCGCGCAAUGUCGCCACAGCAGGGCCGCGAGCUGCAGCAGGCUCUGGACCCGCAGCGCCUGUCCCCACGCGGGGUCAGUUCGCUUGCAGCUCGCAGACAGCGCCAGCACUUGCUAUCCCCGUUACAAGCCUCGGGCCAGCCGUCGAAUCCUCUGGUGAUCCCUGACGGUGUGUCCUCCCCGCAACUGCCGCCACGCGCAGCGAAAAGCCCAUCAGGGGGUGGCGUUAGGGUUUCGGCGCGGGAGGGGGGAAUUGGUGGGCGGAGGUGUUCCCAAGAAGGGGCGAGUGGGGCCCACAGCAGGACAGGUAGCGGCGGGGCAGCGGCAGGGGCGGCAGGGGCAGGGGAAGCGAGUGUGGGAGGUGUGUCAGGGGCGGGUCAGGGGUCGGGACGGGGAACCUUGGGUUUAGCAGGAGUGGCUUCAGGGCUUGCGAGGGGAGGGCCUGCUAGUGUAGGCUCGCCCAAGCACAGGCUGUCUAAAGGAACAGGUGCCAGUGGCGGACGGAGCCCCGCUCUCUCCCCCUUGUCCUCUCAGGUUCACCAGCUGAUGCAGCAUGGGCCGAUUGGGCAGCAGCAGGGGGCGCUGACGCCGCCACCACGUGCAAUCACGACCGUUGAUGGGAUGGUGGAGGCGAUGGAUCGAGGGUCAGCGGAGCAGCGGGUGGAGGCAGUGGUGCAGCUGAGAGCGGCGGUGAAGGAGAGCUGUGAGAACAGGCAGCGGCUGCUGGAGCGCGAGGACGGCGUGCCCGUCCUCCUAGACUUCCUCGACGAAGCAGUUGCGGCCAUGGGGGGGGGCGGAGGGAGGGCGGCAGGGCGGGAGGGGCGGGGGCGAGGAGUGAUGGACCCUGGGCUGGUGGUGGACUGUGUGGUGGCGGUGGUGCUUCAGCUGUGCCAGUCGCGGGAUGGGGCAGCGGAGUUCAUUGAUGUGGGCGGCGUGCCGUCCCUCGUUGACGUGCUCUCGCAUGAUGGGGCAGUUUCCAGAGAAGACGCGGGGGUGGGAGCAGGAGCGUCAGCAGGGGUGGGAUUGGGCGUAUCGGGUAUGGUGAAGGGGAAUGCAGCUGCGGCACUGUUUGCCCUGGCCUCGUGGGAUGAUGUGAUGGAGGGAUCGGAGAACGGGACUGGCCACAACCGGAACAUCCACAAGGCUAAGAUUCAAGCUGCAGGGGCCAUCCCCCCCCUCGUUCGCCUGCUCACGAAUGAGACUGCGAGGUGCAGGAAGGAUGCGGGACUUGCCCUAUUUUCCCUCUCGCAGGACCUGUCGUGUGCGAAUGAGAUGGUGAGGGAAGGGGCUGUAAGCAUUCUGGUGGACCUCCUGGGGGAUAAGAGGCCAGGGGUUGAGGAGAAAGCCAUGGCUGUUCUGGCCAAUCUUGCAAGGACACGUGGCGGGCAAGAGGCACUUUUAGCAGUUGAAGGGACCCUUGUGAUAUCGGAUGUGCUGGAGAGCGAGUCUGAGAGGGCACGGGAGGAGGCGCUCUGGACAUUGCACCACCUGGUUACCACAGGGGUUGUGGCGCCCGCAGUGCUCCUGAAUGACGGAGCCCUGUUUCCUAUCGCAAAAAUGGCGUGCAAGAAAGGGGCCCUGGCAGAGGCCAAGGAGCUGCACCGGAUCUUGAUGACUGCACGGAAGGGUGGUAGUGACCAAUGACAUGCCAAGCGAAUUUUGAAUGGAUUUUAUUCGUCAAGAUCUAUGCUUGAUCUGGUUUGGGAGAAUGACACAUAUCGUUAGACAAAUUGAGUUUUUAGUAUACCGUCCUGUACCGUU